AUGUCGACUAUUGUGAGGACGCUGCGCAACCUUCGCCGGGUCGGCUUCAAGGAUGCCGCCCACCAGAUGCAGAACAUUGGUGAUACCAAGGCCGGAACUCUGAUCGGAACCGACCGCUUCGGCAACAAAUACUUCGAGAACCUGGAGGAAUUGCCUCUCCGAACACGAUGGGUCGACUACAAGGAGGCCGAAUACGACGCAUCCCACAUUGAGCCUGGCUGGCACGCCUGGAUCUCCUACCUCGUUGACGGGCCCCCAACCGCCGACAAGGUCAUGCAGUCCGGUUUCCGUCCCUGGGAGCUGUCUGACCACCGCGCCAACCCAACUCUGAGCCGCGCUGCAUUCAAGACUUACUCCACCACCCGGCCCAAGAUCACUGCCUGGACUCCCACCGCCGCUCCGCGGUAG